GUAAGCGGCGAGUGAUCGCGGAGCCGGGGGUGGCCAGCGGCUUGGACCGGUUCAUUUUGCUGUAGCGGUAUUGGGCGGUUCUUUGUGGACGGUGUUGCAGCAGAUAUCGUCGAAGCUGUAUGCUGCAACCAGAAGGAACAGCCUUUUCAAGCUGUAAUAAAAGUUAGUCAUCAUGAAUAUAUCAUCAUCAGCUGGUAUCAUCUCACUCCUGGAAGAGCCCAUGCCAGAGCUGAAGGUGUUUGCUCUGAAGAAACUAGAUCUCAUUGUAGAUGAGUUCUGGGCAGAAAUCUCAGAGGCUAUUGAGAAAAUCGAGAUCCUGCACGAGGACAAAGGCUUCCCGGAGCGCCAUUUGGCCGCACUGGUGGCCAGCAAAGUCUACUACCACCUGGGUUCGUUCGAGGACUCGCUGACAUAUGCGCUCGGCGCCGGAGACCUGUUCGACGUCAAUGACAAGUCCCAGUAUGUGGAGACCAUCAUUGCCAAAUGUAUCGACCACUACACCCAGCUGCGCGUUUCGAACGCCGAGGAGGCCGGCGAGGGCGACGGCCACCUGAUCGAUGCGCGCCUCGAGGGCAUCGUGGACCGCAUGCUCAGUCGCUGCUUCCAGGACGGCCAGUACCGCCAGGCGCUGGGCAUCGCGCUCGAGACGCGCCGCAUGGACGUCUUCCAGAAGGCCAUCAUGGACUCGGACGACGUGGCCGGCAUGCUGCAGUACGCCUUCACGGUGGCCAUGUCGCUGAUCCAGAACAGACAGUUCCGUAACGCGGUGUUACGCGCGCUGGUCGACCUCUACCGCAACCUGGCCACGCCCGACUACGUCAACAUGUGUCAGUGCCUGAUCUUCCUGGACGACCCUAGCGCUGUGGCCCAGGUGCUGGAGCGGCUGAUCCGCGGCACGCAGGACAGCGCACUGAUGGGCUAUCAGAUCGCGUUCGACCUGUACGACUCGGCGACGCAGCAGUUCGUGGGCCGGGUGCUGCAGGCUCUGCGGGUGACGGCGCCGCUGCCGGCGCUGCUUGCCGGCCCGGUAACAGCUGCCGCGCCGGCCGAGCACGCGGCCGACCGGGCCGAGCAGCCCGGCGACGCGCGGCCCCAGACGGCCGAUCAGCUGUCGGAACGGGACCAGCAGGUGCAGAAGCACUACGAGCGUCUGACCACCAUCCUGGCCGGCGACGUGGCCAUCCAGCUGCACCUGCAGUUCCUCAUCCGUGGAAAUCACACGGACCUGAUGAUUCUGAAGCAGGUCAAGGACACGGUGCGCGCGUCCGUCUGCCACACUGCCCUGGUGGUGGCGCACGGCUAUAUGCAGUGUGGCACCACCAGCGACCAGUUCCUCAGGGAUAACCUGGACUGGCUGUCUCGGGCAUACAGCUGGGCCAAAAUGUCGGCCACAGCGUCACUGGGCGUCAUCCACAAGGGUCACGAGAAGGAAGCGCUGGGUCUUAUGCAGGCGUACCUGCCGAAAGACGCGGCCGGCAGCUCGGGCUACACAGAGGGCGGCGCUCUGUACGCGCUCGGCCUGAUCCAUGUCAACCAUGGCGCCGCCAUCAUCGACUACCUGGUGCAGCAGCUCAAGGAGGCCAACAAUGAGGUGGUGCGGCAUGGCGGCUGUCUGGGCGUGGGUCUGGCCGCCAUGGGCACGCACCGGGCCGAUAUCUACGAACAGCUCAAACUCAAUCUGUACCAGGACGACGCCGUCACCGGAGAGGCAGCCGGUAUCGCGAUGGGUCUGGUCAUGCUGGGUUCCAAGUCGGCGCAGGCGAUUGAGGACAUGGUGGCGUACUCGCAGGAGACGCAGCACGAGAAGAUCCUGCGCGGCCUGGCCGUCGGCAUUGCGCUGACGAUGUACGAGCGUCUGGAGGAGGCGGACACGCUCAUCACGAGCCUGUGUUCCGACAAGGACCCCAUCCUGCGUCGCAGCGGCAUGUACACGGUGGCCAUGGCCUACUGCGGUACCGGCAACAACCAGGCCAUCCGACGUCUGCUGCACGUUGCCGUUUCGGACGUGAACGACGACGUGCGCCGGGCGGCCGUGAUAGCCAUCGGAUUCCUGCUGUUUCACAACCCGGAGCAGUGUCCAUCGGUGGUGUCGCUCCUCUCCGAGUCGUACAACCCGCAUGUCCGCUACGGCGCCGCCAUGGCCCUGGGCGUUGCGUGCGCAGGGACCGGCUCCAAGGAGGCGCUGUACCUGCUAGAGCCCAUGUGCUACGACCUGGUCAACUACGUGCGUCAGGGCGCGCUGAUCGCGAGCGCGCUGGUGCUGAUCCAGCAGACUGAGCAGACCUGUCCCAAGGUGAAGGACUUCCGCCAGUUGUACACCAAGGUGGUGUCGGACAAGCACGAGGACGUGAUGGCCAAGCUGGGCGCCAUCCUGGCCAAGGGCAUCAUCGACGCCGGCGGCCGCAACGUGACGGUGGCGCUGCAGUCGCGUACCGGCCACAACAACAUGGCCGCCGUGGUCGGCAUGCUGGUGUUCACGCAGUACUGGUUCUGGUACCCACUGGCGCACUUCCUCUGCCUGGCGUUCACGCCCACCUGCCUGGUGGGGCUCAACGCCGACCUGCGGAUGCCGCAGAUGGAGGUCCGCUCCAAUGCUCGGCCCAGCAUGUACGCCUAUCCGCCGCCCAUCGAAGAGCGCAAGCGCGAGGACAGGGAAAAGGUGGCCACGGCCGUGCUCUCGAUCACGGCGCGAGCCAAACGGAAGGAGGCCGAGAAGAAGAAGGACGACAAACCCGAGAAGAUGGACGUGGACGAUGACACCAAGAAGGACGCCGGCCAGGAGAAGGACAAGAAGGAUAAGCAGGAAACGGAGAAGGACGAGAAGGAGAAGGCGGACGCCAAGAAAAAAGAAGAGCCGGCGUUCGAGAUGCUCUCCAACCCAGCGCGCGUGCUGCGCCACCAGCUGCGCGUGGUUCAGCCAGUCGAAGGCAGCCGCUACCAGACUGUGAAGGACCUGCGCGCCGGCGGCAUCCUGAUGGUGCGCGACACGGGCGCCGGCGCCCAGCAACUGGUCGACUGGGUGGUAGCGCACGGGCCACAGAAGGAGCCCGAGGAGGCCGAGCCCGAGCCUCCCGAGCCUUUCGAUUACGAGGAGUAGGCGGAGGUGCGCGCGCGUACUGCCCGCCCACUCGCAAACAUUCGUUUAUAAGUAAUACAUCUGACUCUGUGGUAGCGA